UCCGUGAAUUUUCAUAUUCUAUGUACCUGGACACCCUCAUGAAUCACUGUUGUAUGAAUUUCUAAUCGUUGGGCUAACUUCAUGAAUUGUGAAAUCAUGCUGCUAAAACUCCACUUUUAUGAAUUUCCAUAUUGGGUUCCCCAGAUGUUGUGUACUUCGUUCUUAUCAAAUGUUUUCAAAUUGUUUAUAUCAUUCAUGAUUCCCCUUCAUGCAAUGUAACCCACCUCUAUGGCUUCUCCCUUACCUCCUUGAAAUCUAUCUAUCUGCCUAUAUGUAUUUGUACUCUUUGGGAUCCCCGGAAAAUAUGUAUUUUUCCCAGCUGGGUUUAUAUUCCAACUUUAUUUUAUUUUUCAUUUUAUUUCAUAUAAUUGCCAAUUCAUGAAAUCAGAUAGGGAAUAUUUCGAACUCAACUUGAACCCCAGGACCUGCCCCAUUUCCUAUGACCCAGGCUUACCUUCCCAAAAACAAAAGGUUAAUCCGCUGCCGCUUAACCUAAUCAGAUUCAGAUUGCAUGGACAAUAUAGGGCUUGAGUCGCCGAAUUCGGAGUAUUUUGACCUAAAGGUGAUUCGCCUUCAAGGCAAACAUUGUCAUAUCUCCUCCAAAGGACAUCUCAGGAAGGCGCCCUGCUGGGCCCAUCGCCACCCAUCCUUACUUCCACCUCUGACACCCCAAGGCAUAUCUGAAAUCCGUGUACGUGACAGGAACCCUUGAUUGCUGUCAUUAAUCCCUUUAGAAUUCGGCCGGGCAGGAUUUAAUCCGAUCCUUCCUGCUCAGUCACUUCAUUGUUCCAAUAACUCCCGCCUUCUCCUCUCUGAUUGGCCCGAGUGGGGACAAAAAGCAACUCCCUAUUGGGCCAGCAGAGCAAGGCGGGAAACGAAAGCCCGCCUCGUUCAACCCUUUAGCCUAUCCGCGAUCAGAUGGGCGGGGGAGCGGGGCGGGAAAUUCAAGGGGCUGUCAGACUGAAACAUUGUAUAAAUAUGGCUUUAUUUGGGUUAUAUGGUACCCUAGUAGACUGAAUGAUCACUACUAGAGUCCUUUUCAGCUGAAUCGCUCAAUAAAGACUCCUUGGCGGAUUUUCCUUCAACUUUGGCGGACCUUCUUCAUUUCGGCUUCAGGUUGUAUUGCGGCUCAUAUUCUCCUAUUGGCUCCGCCAAGGUCCAUUCUCUCAGGACCGGAUCGGCUCUCUCCUUAAGGGGCCCGAUCCUCUAAAAACGCGGUCGACAACAGGGGCCUCAUAUAAUACUGUUCAAAGCAGAUAAUCCACAGUAUCUGCUUCAAACUGGAUUAUCGUGCGUCCACACUAGAUUUUAUACAGUUGUGUAGAAGGGGCCUCAUAUAAUACUGUUCAAAGCAAAUAAUAUAAGAUUAUAAAUAUAAUAUAUAAAAUUGCUGUGGUGUCAGAACCCUGCUACUAGAGCCUGGAUGUGGCUCUGAGUUUCAGGGUCACUGACAUUGAUAAGACACCUGCGUCCCAGGACUCGGAGGAGAAACGGCUGAUGGACUUGGCGGGGAAUUUGCGCGGGGUUUUACUGAGCGGGAAGAGACUGUUCAAAUGAGGGGGAGGGUAUAUAAAGGAGGGUUGGCCGGAGCCUCCCAUUCUUGGCUUUUCUGAUGUUCAUGUUUCCUACAGUAAAAGUUCCUGGUGAUACCACAGAGAGUCUCGUGUGUUCAUUCAGGAGCGGCUGUGGUGAGCUGACACUAAGCCAAGAAUACGGACACCAUCCCGCUGUAGCGGUGAGGUGUAACAUGCAAGUGGAGGAUGAAGAGCUCUUGGGCGCCGGAGGAGGAAGGUCGGAAAGGGCAACUCCCGAGACGGACGCUGAGUUCCACCAGCUGGCGGCCCUGGCGUCAUCCACCGCUUAUGCCCAGCCAAAUGGGGUAACCCAGAGGCGCGGAGUGGUGCGGGGAGAUAGCACCGGAGGAGAGGAAGGUUCACCUUCCCCAGGCCCGCAAAAGAUGGUGUUUCUGGAGGAGAGGAUGUCGGCGAUGGAGACCACCCUGGCAGUGAUGUCGAGGGCGAUGGAGCGCCUGGCGGUUUUGGCGGAGCCGGAGCGAGGAAGGGAACUCCGGGCUAGCUCAAUGUGGGACGUGAGCAUGGGAAGCAGCCAGGGCUUUGCAGACCUCCCAGCACCGAAGGGAAGGGAAAUGCGAAAGGAGCCCGGUGCCCGGCCCAAGAUCCAAACGAGCCUGACGCGGGUGGAGGAGAGUGACGACGAAGGGGAAAAGCCUCCGAGAAUCCCGGCUACGCUCCCAACUGAGACCCUGGUGCCCCUGGCGAAUGCCGGGCGUGGCACAGGACAAAGGGAAGCAGCAGCGGGGCCCACUGGCCCGCAAGGGGGCUUGCGACGGGCGGAGAAUUGGGGAUUGCCACCACAGGGACCCCUACCGAGACGAGAGGAACUAAGGAUCGAGUUUGGGGGAGAGUCCUCUGAACUGGAUUUUUUCCUGACCACGGUGAGGGGCUAUAUGGAGGACAAUGCCCACACUUUUAGAACGGAAUCCAGCCGGGUACGGGCCAUUGGUGCAGUGUUGAAGAGGGGAGCGGCCAGCUGGUACGUUCAACUACACGCGCGGCGCGACCCAUGUCUGGGGUCACUCCGACGCUUUAUGGGGGCCCUGGAGACCCGUUUCCGAGAUCCACUGGAGCAGAUCCGGGCGAGGGAGGAGUUGAAGACCGUCUCCCAGGGGCAGAGGUCGGUAUCUGAGUAUGCGGAGGAGUUCCAAUGCCUCGCUGAAAAGGUGCCGGAAUGGUCUGCAGUGACAAAGAUAGAACUCUUCAAAGAGGGGCUCAGGCGGGAGAUCCUCUCCUGGGCGGUGCAUCGUGAUGAGCCUGACACACUGCGCGGAUGGAUUCAGCUGGCGGGGCGCAUCGAGACAUCGCUGGCCCAGGCGAGGAGGCACCGAGGAGGGCUACAGCAGCGGCCGCAGAUGAAAGAGGGGAGCCGGAAGGAGGGAUCAACCCCAGCCGGGAGGAGAACGGAGCCGACAGGGAACGUGAGCACCAGCAGGAGGGGCUGCUUCGUGUGCGGCCGUUUGGGCCACAGGGCUGCCGAGUGCUGGCAGAGAAAAGGGGAAGGCGGAGGCCCGCCCAAACCAAGAGCCGUGGCAGGGAAACGCGCCGAGGAAGAACCACCGAUGAGGCACCACUCGGGGGGGUUGGACGAAGGGGAGGAGGACGCCAUGUCAGAACCCUGCUACUAGAGCCUGGAUGUGGCUCUGAGUUUCAGGGUCACUGACAUUGAUAAGACACCUGCGUCCCAGGACUCGGAGGAGAAACGGCUGAUGGACUUGGCGGGGAAUUUGCGCGGGGUUUUACUGAGCGGGAAGAGACUGUUCAAAUGAGGGGGAGGGUAUAUAAAGGAGGGUUGGCCGGAGCCUCCCAUUCUUGGCUUUUCUGAUGUUCAUGUUUCCUACAGUAAAAGUUCCUGGUGAUA